CCGCAUCUUGCUCCUCCGCCGGUUUCUCGAUACUCUCCUCGAGUUUCUGCCCUCUUCUUCACCGUCCUGCUUGCCCCACACUGUCGAAGAUGAUAACCUCUUUCGGUCAGCCGUCGAGUCUCCGUCUCCCGCCUCCUUUUCCAGCUGCGGGAGUGCCGCCUGUCUCUCUCUCGCCUGACGACCGCGAGUCCGCUUCCUCGACUUCCAGCCGUCGGCCUUCGUCCUCUGUUCGCUCGUCUUCUCUUCCGUCUCCCUCGGCGGAGACUGUUUCGCGUCUUCCGUCUGCGUCCUUUUCUCUGUCUCCAUGCCGCACGUUGCUCCUCGUUGUUCAGCCGCUUCGACUUCUUCUCUUCAGCAACCUGCAACACCGCGUUCUCCUCGCUUCCUUCCCCAGGCCUCCCCACACCUUCCAUCUCGGCAGUCACCUCGCCGCCAGCUGGGAGCUUUGCGACCCUCUCUCUCGCCGGCGGGAGAGCGAGGUGAACCGCCUCGCGGCCGCGUCCGGUGCCCGAACGCCUUUCUAUAGAAUCUUCGUCACGUGCUAUCCACAGGCCACCGUCUGCGUCUACACCGUCGGUUUCCCUGGUCAAGUGAAGGCGAGGAAAAGACGCGAAAGCGAGAGAGAAGAAACCUCGAACUCUGACGCCCAUGCUCUCAAUGGAGACGUCUCCCGCGACGAGAGUCGCUCGCGGCCUCAGGAGUCCGACGGAGAGAACAAGCGCGAGAACAAACGCGAGAACGGUGGCGAGAACAGGGGCGAGGAAGAACGGAAGAAAAAGGGAUUCGGGGAGAGAGAAGCGUGCAUGCGUUUGGAGACGAGGUUGAGAAGCCGAGCGUCGAGUCCUUCUCUCUUUCCGCCUUGUCUCUUUGAUGCAGAUGGGUCGUUCACCUCGGGCCAGAGCGAAGACGAGUCCGAAGACGAGGACGACGCCUUCUUGUUCGCGACAGGCUCCGACGGGCGGGGACUACCGGGGCCUGCGCCUUUAGGAACGAAGCGCGGCUUGAGUGGAGGAGGGACGUUUACCCCAGCGACAGUCGCAGCGGCUUUGUCGACUCCGUCGCUUCUCCUGCAACACAGGCCAGCGUCUCUCCGGUCGCUGGAGCUCCAUCUCCACGCCGUCCUCAGUCUCCCUGUCAGAGGCAGUGCCUCUGCGUGCUCGGCUUCUCACCUCGUUGUUGGCUGCUCUCGACAGCCCGCGCUCCUCUUUCUCCCUCUUGAUGCCGUCAAGACUGUAAACGCCGUUCUCUACCUGUCGGACUUCCUCCCUCUCUCGCAAACCAGCUCUUCCACGGACACCCGAGGCCAUGUACGAGACGAUGUAGACAAGCGAGAAGAAACAGAGAGCGAACAAGAAGACGACAAACGGGGAGGGAAUGUGAGAACUGCCGAAGGACGGGGAUCGGAUUGCGAGGCGCGACUCGUGGAGACUGUGGAGCGUUCGGAGAACUCGAAAAGUGACCGAUAUGUCUCCUGUUUCGCUGGCUCUCCGUCGCUGCGCGCAUCUUCACCGUCUGUCUCCUCAGAGGCGUUUGACGCGCGGGCGACUUGCGGACGGUGCCUCUUCUCUCCGAUGGGUCACGAAAGCGUACAAGAAGUUAUUCGCUGGCAAGAGCAGCAUCCCGAGGACGUCGUUCUUCUUCCGGAUUUGCCCGACGAGGCCUUGCAGGACGCUCGCGCUGCCCAACAGGCCCACCGCCACUUGGAGGAAUUUCUGCGGCGCGUCAGUGAGGACUCUCGGCUGUCGCGAGCCGGCAGCGAGCGCUCUGUGGACUCGGAGGCCGUUAAUGGCGGCGAGAGUGACAAGCCAGCAAGGCAUGGCGGAGAAGAAGAGGAGGGGCGAGAAAGAAAUGGGAGGGAAGUCGCAGAGAAAGAGGCGCUCGCGGAACAAUCUCCGUCUCUCGUUCGCACCCUGCGUGCUCUGCUAGGCCAUGAAAGGUCGCAACCACCGGCGAUGUUUUCUCGUUUGAGGACCAGGGAAGACGCCCGAGACGAGACGUACUCUCCCCAGCCACACACCCAGCCAAAGACGUCUCUCUCCUCGUCUGUUUCGUCUCCACUUUCGUCUUCUCUCUCCUCUUCUCUCUCUUCGAUUUCCGCUUCGUUCUUCGAGCCCACACAGGACGAUGGACGCCUUCUGGAGUCGUCCGGACCCGCUGGAGGAGAGGCGAAUGUUGAAGAGGCGCGACGUUUGCAAGGCGUCGUGACGUCUCUGUCGGAGGGCAUUGCUCAGAUUGCUUUGGAUCUGCGCCUGAGUCUUCUGGGAGUUGUCACUACACAGGGUCGCCUUUUUCUUCUCAGCUGGGAUGGACCGCUGCUCUCUGGGCCGAGGCGCGGCCGAUCCCCCGAGAGAGAAAACAGUUCGCCCAUCGGUCUCUUGGUUCGCGAGAGAUACGUCGUUUGUUGCGCCUUCACCUCCGAGAGGAGCCGCCUAGCUGUCGGUCUGUCAACGGGAGAAGUGGAGAUUUACUCACUCGAUUUUUCGCAUGCCUCCACUUGGGGACCGUCUCCUGCCGGUGUCUCCUCACCUCGGCAGUCGCCCCGCGCAGGUCGAGCCCCAGAGGCAGGCCUGGAGGACGGAGACUGCGGGGGCGAUGGAGCCCAACGGUCCCGUCGGGAAGUGGAGUGGAGAUCGGCCCGCGGAGCCACUCGAGGUCCUAGGUAUCCCCUGCGUCUCCUGCGCCGCCUGAGUCUCAGAGACGCGUCGGCUCUAGGUCCUGACGAGCCGGAGGGCGAGAUGUCGCUGACCCACAACGAACAAAGAGAAAGGCAAGAAGGCAGAGAGGCGAGGAGGAGAAAAAGAGGUGAGCGUGAGCUUGGAGAACCGAAAUCACCGCGUGGAUCGACCUCGCCUUCCGCGAGGUCUCCUUCGGCGCCGAUGUCUCCACGCUCUUCUCGUUCUUCUUCACCCUCGCUUUCUUGCUCGCCGUAUGCACACAGACGUCGCCGUUGGCACAAGCAAGACGAGGCGGAAGGACCGCCUGUGGAAACCGUCGUUUGGUCGGACGAUGGUCUCGCACUCGUGGUGAGGUGGGGCUCCCAAGGCAGCGGGGCAAAAGAGACAGGCCUGUCUCCGUCUCGAGUUCCAUCCCCAGUUGCGGUCUUCUCCUACACAGGCCGCCUUCUGUUUUGUCCGUUUCCGCCUCGCGAAGAGCUCUGCAUGCGUGCGGGAGGCGAGGCUCUUCCCCGAGAGACGCAGCCUUCGUCCGCUUCGUCUGAAGGCGACUGCCGGGCUGGGAGGAGACACCUCAACCUGGCAGGGGACGGGAUUUGCUUCUCUCCGCGUCCAGAGAGCCGCGAGAGACUCAGCAUCGAGAGUCUCUCUUCUCGAGACUCAACGGGGACUGUGUCGAGAACUCUGGGAGGCCGAGUCGCCUUGCAGCUGCGCAAACAAAUGCCGCCGAUUCCACCGGCGACGAGACCCCCCACAUGCGCUUGGACCGGGCUGGGGCUGGGCCUGAUGGUCGUCCAGGACGCCCGGAGACACCUGGGAGAAGCGGGGCGAGUGGAGAGGCCGUACAGGCGCAGAGCGAGCUUCGACUCGGCCUUGCUGUCUCCCUCGGUCUCGGGGAAUCGCGGAGACAGUUCAAGCGAGGACGCUGACGAUGCAGCGAGAGCAGGAGACAGGAGACAGAGUCAGCGCUCGACGCUGGAGGCGGGAGAGGCGGGAGAUUUGGUGCAACGCCAGCGUGAUGGUCGACGCCCUUUGAGAAAGAGAAGCGAAAGCGAAGACGGACGCAGAAGGGAAGUGACUGCAGCAGCGCAUGCAGUAUCGAGUAUUUUCGAGUUCCCUGUCUUCCGGAGCGCUUGGCUAGGUGUGGCGACGAACACCGUGGACACUGCAGGCAGUCGCGCAGCCAGCGACACCGGCGACAGAAUCUUGAUUGGUGCUUCGUGUCUCUUGGUGUGGGCGUCGGCGCCGCACGUACCUUCUUCGCUUUCGUGGUCGCGGAUUCCUCUACCGCCGCCAGCGUAUCUGUCUCCGAACUGGCCCAUUCGCCAGGCGUCUUUGUCUCCGAACGGAGACACCUUGCUGGUCUGCGGCCGUCGCGGCUUCGCAGUUUUUUCGCUCUCCCAGAGGAAGUGGCGACUCGUGGGGGACGAGCAGCAGGAGCGGCAACUCCCCACCAGCCUCCUGCCCCUGGGCUGGUACGACUCCUCGAUUUUCUUCAUCUCCAUUCGAACGUUCGACCCCGAUGCUUCGCCUGCAGACUCGGCCCUCGCGGCCCUCGCGCCUCUCCCCGUCAACAGUCUCUCUGCGUCUUCUGGACUCCUGCGGAGCCUGUUUCCGAGCCAACAGGCUCGCGCGGCGCAGGCGCCUCCCCAGGACUCGAACGCGACUUGGCUGAUCGACGAGCGCAGCCUGGCGGAUCUCGACGGCAGGCGCUCCUUCCCCUCGGUCUCCUCCCCUGGGUCAGGAGUCCCUGCAGUUGCGCCGUUGCCUGUCUGGCGAGGCCCUCGAGGAACUGCGCAUGCAGCGGAAGUGACUCUCGAGCGUCGCGUGUCAACCACUCCAAUAGCUGUCUCGCGACAGCUUCCUGGCCUCGCGUUGCAGGAGCGGGAGAGUUGGGAGAGAGUUUUAGAGAGAGUGGAGGCUCUGGAGCUGCAGGAGGAAGCUGCAGCGUACGGCGGCGAGGCGCGUGAGGCGGCGACGGGCGACAGUCACAAGGCGAUGUUUUCCGCUGCCGACAGUGGUGUGGGAGAGAAAAAACAAGAGUCUGAAGAUCGACGGCCUGUCUCCCUCAUGGGAAGACGCGUCCCGAGGACAGGGUAUGCGCUGUUGUUUUUCGACGCCCGAGGUCGCCUGGCUCUGGAGAAUUGCAUCGCAGCUGUUCGGUCGCUUCCUGCGAGGCCUCUGCGCACGGCGGUCUUGUCGGAUCGACAGAAAUUAGGUCUGCAUGUCCGUGGGCCGGGACUGCAUGCAGCAGGUCCGAGGCCGUCGACUGGAGGCGGUGGACGCGAGCAAGAGACAGGGAUCCGAAGACAGUGCUGUCGUUGCAGAAGUUUGAGCCAGCGAGACGGAGCGGCAGCGAGAACAAACGACGCAGGAGAGACAGGCGACACCGAAAAUGCGAGGGGAUCCUGUCACGGAGUGCAUCCAGGGUCGGUUCAUGAGACAAAAAAGAUGAGAGUUCGCACAUGUUUCUUGUGUCGAAACCUCUCAAAUCGCGAUCCAGAUUCGAGUUCGACUGCGCUUUCUGCCUUCCAGCCGUGGACUGGAAAUCCCGUGCUUGCAGUCUACGACGCUCUGCAUUUGAUCACCAGCUAUCAGUUGCAUGCAGUCUCUGGGAGUGGCGCCUCGUCCGUCUCGCCUGACCCUCCGUCGUACUCUUCACUUCACCGAACUGUCUCUCAGCCUCAGGCCUCGUCUGUCUCUCGACCGGCGUCCGUCUCGUCCUGGUUGCCAGCCGCGUCUCUGGCCGACUCCCGUCCAGCAUGCAGUCUCCACUCUCCUCGAGGCGCCCCUUCGCUGCUUGUCGGCUCUGCCUUCUCGGCUUCUCUCCCCGUCUGUGCGUUCGACGUCGUUGCUCUUUGGCAAGUCGAUGUCUCUGCCUGUUGGGUCGACCAUCCGCUCCAAAUUCGCUUCGCCUCGCCUUCUCUCCUCGUUGUGCACCACGCUGCCGGAGACGUCACAGCUCUCCGACUCUUUCCGCGAGACGCCUGCGAGGCGCUGGCGCGCAGAGCGAAGCGAGGUCCUUUCAAGGAAGAAGGCAGGAAUCCCCAACAGGCCUCAAACGAAAACACAGGACCUGCUGCCCAGAGGGCGACCGAGAAGGAGGCACCGGUUGACGGUCGGCGCAACGGCCUGGACGUCGGAGAAUCACGGGCCAUCCAGAAGACAAGCGGACCUGCGACAGACAAAGAAAUCAAUGUUUUUCCUCAACGAAGCUCCUCACCAACAGCCUCGUCUUCGCCGUCUUCUUCGCUGUACCUGAUUCCUCAGUACGUCGCCAUGCAGAGCGAGACCCUCGCAUGCGGAGUCACCUCCCUCUGGAUGGAUUCGCCGGCGCAGCUCACUGUGUUUACACCGCUGCAUGCACCACCUGGUUUCUGUCUCCCUGGGCUACGCACGCUCAUCAGAGAAGCCACAAACGAAGGCGAGAUGCGGACGCGACGAGAUGGAGAAAAAGACCGGCGGUGUCUCUGUGUCUCUUGUUCGUGGCGGUUGAGGGACAGGAGGGAUUGGGGGUGCAUCGCGAGAACAGAUCCGAGUGAGGAUGGACGGCGAGUCCGAGACCGAUCUGCAAAGAGCGAAGUGGAAGCAGUUUCUCGACUCGAGGCUGCGCCUGUAAAAGACGCAGACAGAGAAGAACAAACGGCAACUCUUUCUGUCCCGACGAACAAAGACGAAAAAACGCAGAACGCUCAUGCGGCAGCCGUCCUGGUCGAUGCAUGCAGAGACGCGGUGGGGUUCUCUUUUCGCGGUUCCCGAGAAACAGGAAAAGCACCGUCAAAUGGACAUCGCCCUCCUGUCUCAGGAGACGACGCUGAGGAUGCUCGCGUGGUACAGAGUUCCCUGGCUGCUUCUCUCCCUCGUUCUUCCUUGUCGCCUCUCCCCCGCACAGCGUCUGUUCCCCAGUUUCCUUCCUCGAUUCUGCCUCAGCCUCUGAAUCGAUUCACCUGUACGUACACUCCCCAGCAUCUGCCGCAGUUCACCCACACGCGCCCGCACAACCAUCUUCCGAGUUCCUUUCCGUCUCUGGCCACUGCGAAGGAGAAAAAGAAGAAGGAAAAGGGAAACAGGAGGAAGGAAGGUGAGAGCGAGGCCUGUGUUCCGAGCGACAGACGAGGCAGGUUUUUUGAGGAACGCGGCGACGAUCCGAAGACGGUGGAAGACGAAGAAAGUCAAACUGUGUCUCCUGGCGAACAGGCGGACAGUCGCCGGAACUCUCUGGCUUCAGCUGAGACGCCCAGGAAGACUUCUGAAAAAGUAGCAGAGGCCGCGAGUUCGGGUGCCUGGACGGAAGGCAGCCUGCAAGGCGUCUCUGGAGAUCGAGAAGAAACAGGACCAGACGACUCAGCAGAUUCUUUCCUCGUCUUCAGCCAGCGACGUCGACGAAUAAAAACACAGAGAUGUGGAGACCUGUUCGUGGCGAGGCCUCUUAACAGCGCAACGGCUUUUGGGGACGCUGUCUGUUCUCCCUUCGCGCCUCUUCCGUCUCACCCGCCUCUCCUCUCCUUGUGCCAAAGAAAGGCAGUGUCUCCUUCUGCCUCUCUCGCGUCGGUCGCGGAUCCCCUGAGGAGUUCUUCCUCGCCGUCGAACUCCCGUCUCCCUUCGCCUUCUUCUGGGCGCUCGCGCGCGCCUGAGACAGAGAGGCCGCACUGGGCGGGGACAGUUGACCCUGUGGGGAGAGACGGCGCGACAGAGGAGCGCAGACGCGGAGCAGCGGUGGCGCAGGAGAACCGCGGUGUUCCGCAGCUGGACGACAGGGAGCAGGCAGAGAGCGACGCUGCGGAAGAAGCUGAGGGAGAGCAGAGAUGGACGCUCAGCCAGGCGACGUGGAGCCACCAAAAAACGCAGGGGCAGUGUACAUGCAUGCAAAGGAGCUUUCAGAGACGAGAGUUGGAGACGCAAAGGCGCUGGCGAAAACGUUCAAACCACGCAACAGGCGCGUCCUGGACACGAUUUUCUGAUCUCGCGUGCUGUACAGUAGGGGGCAUCUAUAUCUGGAUGCAGGCCACAGAGGGCCUCUCUCUCGCUGUUCUGUCGUUUCACUUCCACUGUUCUUCCUCUGACGACGAGCUCGAGGCUCAAGAGUCGGCUUCCAGAUCGGCGACGCCAGCGUGCUCUGCAAAGGGGGAAGACUGUGAAACCCAAUGGAAGGGUGCAAAGGCGAGGAAACGAACAAAGCCGGCUGUCAUGUCGUCCUCUCUGUCUUCUCUCCUCGACGUCGAAGGUCGCUGCGCCCUCCUUCUUCCCAUAGAACAAAAGCCACAGCCUCUCCUCAUUGCAGGCGUCCUCGCCCCACUGGGAGUUGUGGUGGCGUGCUCCCCGUCGCCCGUAUCUCUUCUGAGCUCGAGUUUUGCGGGGCCUUCUGUCUCAGUGGAGACGUCAGCAGCAGGCGAGACUCGAAUUUCAGCGCCGUCACUCGAUCUUCGUCUCCAACUCCAACCGACGCUGCACCCUCUUCUCACCCGUCUUUUGUCAGUCGCUGCGGAGUCUUCUCUCUCUCACCAAAAUCGCGAAUCACCUCUCCAGCAAGCUUCGCCUCCCUCCGUCUCUGCUGCUCCUUCUUCUCCCGGUUGCCCUCUCUCUUCUUCUCCUUGUUCUCUCUCUCCUUCCCCGUCUUGUUCUCUUCCUUCUUUUCUAAUGCAGCAGGCGUGUGCACCUGCGCCAGCCUUCUUCGCCUGCAGUGGGGGCACUGCGGCGUACGAAGCCGCUGCUGCACUGUUGUUCCAAAUUCGAGCGUCUCCCUUCUUCUCGCACCUCGUCGAACUCGCUCUCUACGAACUCGUGGACGCAUAUCUCCCCGUUUUUUCUCGCGAGUUGAGAGCCUGGACGCACGCCGAACGACUCAGGGGGCCCCCAGGAGCCUCCAACUCUAACGGCCCAGAAGGCCUCGAAGAAGCGGUUUCCUGUGCUGCGUCGCGCGAUCACGGUGUCCUCUCUCGCUUGCAGACGCGCAAGCAUGAGCAGCCUUGUAGAGACGCAGCAGACAACCGGAUGCAGGUUUCCACUGGGUUGCCGACGGCGGUGAGACUCGACUCCGCGCCUUUGCCUCGAACGGCAGAAGCUGGCGACGAAGCAGAGAGCGACAAAUGGAAGCUUGUGCACGCUUCUGCUCGCAGUCCAGAGUCGCCUUGGGAGUGUGCAAAGAGGCGAGACAAGAAACGGCCCGUUCUCCGCGUCGGGGGAGCCAGACCGGAGGCGUACGUCCUGAGCUUGCCGCAGACGCAGACAGACGCGUUUCCGUCGAGCGCGCGAAAGGAAGGAGACAGAGCAAGACAAAGAAAAGAAGAGACUGUGUCGCUUUCCGGAGAGAGAAAUCCAGGUGUGGAUGGAGCGACAGCAUCUCACACGAAGCCGGGGGAAAGCAGAAAAGGAGACAUGCGCUGUACCUCGGGACAGAGGUCACCAAGGGGCUCUCCGGGCGCGAACGCGAGAGUUUCGUCUGAGAACCGCGGCAAGGAAACGAGUCUUGAGGAGACAGAAGCAGUCGCGUCUCACAGGACGCUCGACGCAUUGAACGCCCAUCAAAGAGUGACAAACGAGGCGAGCUGGAAACGAGGGACAAGCGAGGAGAGACGGGCGCAGGUUUUCUUGUCUCUUGAUGAACUGUUGAUCUCUGUGGAUAGCGAGUUUGUGUCUUCGUUUUCGUCUACGCCUCUGUCGGGGCUCGAGCUUGUGGCGCAUACGCCUCAUCCGGCCUCAGACACCAGCGGCUGUUCGUAUGCCAGUUCGCGGACGAGAUACGUCGCUGCUCAGAAAGAGCUGACUUCCUUGCCGGGAGGUCAAGCUCUCUUCCUUUUUCUGCAGCUCCUUACGCGACAGCAUCCGUCGCUUCUAGCCAAGGUUGUGGCAUCUUGCGUGAGGAAGACAGAUCCUACGCGCGCCCCUCUGAUUUUGUUUCCUCUUCUCGGGCGCCCCCCCCAGAGCUUCUUCGAUGACGCGUUGAGGAGUCACCUGCUUCACACGGCUUCCCUUUAUCUGCUUCUGCUGCAGAACGUCGAAGGCUGCCUCGCCGUGAGGACGAAGCGCGGCCUCCCUCUGCUCCAAGCCGCCCUUCGCCUUGGGGUCUUGGGCCUCGCGAGGAAACUCGUGCGUUUCCUCCUCGCGGUCGUCGCGCCCAACGCGACAGAGAGAAGCGAGCGAGGGUCAAGCAGCGAGUGCCUCGCUGGGUUGACGGGACGUGCGAGAAAAAUGUGUGGCGCAGCCGAGCUGGAGACAGAGGCCUUCGACGACAGAGAGCUCGAGGGACAGGGAACUGCAUGCGAUGCAGAGGAAGCUGAGAUGCCUUGGAGCGGCCGUGACGGAGCCCCGAAGCUCUGGGCGCCUCCGAGGCACUGGCCCGGAGACAGGAGGCCGAGAGCGGAGACACACGUGAAGCGAGAAGACGAGACAGCAGGCGCCGCCGACCGGAGGGGUCUUGUCAAGUGUGGGGAAAGAGACGCAAAUCGAGGGAGACUUCCCGCGCGCGGGCGUUCUGGAAGCGACAGGAGGAAAGAGGCACAUGUCGGUUGCGCGGAAAACGAAGUCAACGAAGAAAAACAGGAAGUGAUCCGCAUCUACCGAGAGGUUGUUGACAGUGUCGGCGAUUCUCUGUGGGGCGCCCUCGCCCACCUUCAGUGGCUUCGCCUCUUCCAGUUGACUUCUGCAUUCGCGCUCGACCUCCCUGCUUGGCUUGUGCGCCUGCGGCCGCAGCUCUGUCGUCUCUUUUCUCUCGAGGGUCCUCCUCUGGGCUCCUCCUUCAGUCAUUCGAGCUCCUCUGUGGUUUCGUCGUCCAAGCACCCUUCUCCACCCCCGUCUCCUUUUUCUUCUGCUUCGUCUGCGGAGCUGGCUCGGGACUCGAAGCUGCAAGCGGUGCCCUUCGAGGCUGUCGUGCUCUCGCUGUCUCUACAGCUCGGCCUCCCUGGACCGCCGUUUUCUGUGUUUUCUCAGUCCCAGUGGGAGGCGCUUUUCUCCCAGGUUUCUGCUGCGGCGUCCGACACACCCACUCUCACCACACCCUGUCUGUCUUCUCAGGUGGACUCCAGCCUCGAACCGAGUAGGCUCGAGUCCCUGUGUUCGUCUGUCGACCCGCACAGUCCUCCAUGGUUGAGUCGCUCGCCUCCUGCCCAUUCGGCUGUCUCCGGUGUCUCUUCUGAUCGAAGUGACCAUGCGGCAAGUGUGGAAGAGAGUGGCGGGGAAGUCCGAAGCGGCGUUCGUCGUUACGUGACUCCUCUUUCGCCUCCGAGUUUCCGGGAGUUUUGGAUGCGAGACGACAUGAUUCUUCCGGAAUCUUCUGCGUCCAGCCAGUCGCCGACAGAACGAAGAACAGGACCCCUCAGUUCGACGCCUUCGAGCAUGCAGUUUGACAAAGCAGCUUCGCCUUCCUCACCGUGGCUUCUGCCGAGUCGCUUGGCCCCGCCGGCCUUCGUUGCCGGGAGCGAUGGCGAAGUCGCCCUGAGCGACGCAGUGGAGAAUUUGUGUCAAUUCUUUCUUCGCGUCUUCAUUUCAGCUGAUUUGCCGGUUCUUGCGCUGGCUCUUCUGGCUGCGGCCAGGGACGAAGCGGGGGUCAAGAGGAUCUUUGCUCUUGCUCCGUCGCUGCGGUGUCGUGUACAGAUGGAGAAAGAACGUCGAGGUCGAAGCGGAGAGGCAAAGCAGCGAGAAGAAAGUGAACGUCGUGCUUUGGAGGGAUUGGGAGAAAGCGACGAAGAGAACAACAGCAAACGCGAGAGGCGAAAGGACGAAGGCGGCUGGACGGGGAUGUCCCGCGCUUUGCUGGAGUGGUUGACUUCUCUGGCGCAAAAUGCUCGGUGAAGGUGUGGAAAGAGGAAGAGACAGUGGGAGAGAAUAGUUGAGAAAAAAUGAGAAAUUCAGUCUCACAGGAAGCAACAGAGAGUACAACGGAGGGAGCAGGCGAAGAGGCAAGGCGAGCGCAACGAGGAAGAAGGGGACGAAACGAGGAAGAAGGGGAAAGCAAAGAAGACUCGGUCUGGUCCGGGGCGGAAAGAACUGGCACUAAAUCCGAGACAGACCACAGGGCGAAGAACAGAGCGUUCUUCCUUCUGACCCAUGGCGAAUCUUUAUUUUCUCUUGUUUCCUCUUCUCCAUUUCUCGAUUGUGUUUACUUCUGCGAAUGCAAUUGAGAGCCUCUCUGUCGCUUUUGCGUGUGAGAUUUCUCCAAGUGACUCUCUUCGAAAACUGGUGGCUUGUGGUAAGACUCUGGGGCUGCGGUUUCAGGCGGCUGCCCUUUCCAAACGGCCAAGUGGGUGUACACCCUAAACCGCCAAAGUCGGGGAAUGCGUUCGUGUGUGGAUGCUUUUCCCUUGCCCAGUGAAGAAAUGCCGAAUCUUCAUCCCGGUUCUGAACGGAGUAGGUGUAAAUUCAACCAACUGCUUAAGCUGCCAAGCAGAGACGAGACAGAGAGCCGUGAACAACAAACGCCAGCAGUGAUCGAGCCGCGAAGCGCGGUGGCGGAAAGAGAGAGAGAAAGGAAGCAAGUGCUAAAGACC